GGCCGCUGAGUCUGCGUGUGUCACCCGGAGGUUCGGCCCCAGUCCGGGACCCGGUUUUUGUUGUUGUUGUUUGGAAACAUCUUAAAAAUUAUAGAAUUUCAGGAUGACUGACACUUCUAAGGCUGCUUUAAAUUUCGAAGAGAUGUUUGCAAGUAGAUUCACAAAAGAUGACAAAGAGUACCAGGAGUACUUGAGCCACCCUCCUGAUUCCCCCCCAAUUAUUGAGGAAUGGAAUAGCAGAGCCGGUGGGAACCAGAGAAACAGAGGCAAUCGGUUGCAAGAUAACAGACAGUUUAGAGGUAGGGACAGCAGACGGGGAUGGCCAAGCGACAACCGAGCUAAUCAGUGGCAUGGACGUUCCUGGGGCAACAAUUACCCACCACACAGACAGGAGCCUUACUACCCCCAGCAGUACGGACAGCACGGCUACAGCCAGCAGCCUCCCUACGGCUACUACUGAGAGGAAGGAUGCACGCAGCUCUGGCAAGCCAUUUGCUUUGUCAACAUGAGCCUGUGUGUUGUCUGUUCAUUGUUUUCCAUCUUAUUUCAGGGACUGGAUUGGUAAUUUUUUUGGAAUUUGAAACUUAAAAAAAAAAAUCUUCCUAUAAAAAGGUUAUGGUUGCUGGAAUAAGAAUCCCAUUCCAAACUUUGUGGGUUACAUUGCUUGGCUUCUAACUCAGUCUCAUGGCUUCAUAGAGCUUUUGAGUUUGCUGUGUUUUCCUUAUUUGAUCUCCAGAAGUUCUGCCUUCAGCACAGAAAUAAAAACUUUAAAAUAGCA